AUGGCAGUCGUGAAGACUCGGCGAGCGGCGCGGAAGAGUGCACGUAAACGAGUACAUUUCGGCCGCCACAUGAUCAACGUCCAGGUCGGACCUGACGAAGUCCCUUUCACUGUGCACAAGGACUUGCUUUGUACAAGCUCAGGCUACUUCAAGAAAGCAUUGCAAAGCUCUCGCAAAGUUAUCGAAGGCGAAUGCUCCAUCUGCACUGAAGGAAUGUUGGGCCAUUCGCCAAUUACCUUUUGCGGCGAUUGUGGCCAGAACUUCCACACAAAGUGUAUCCAAGACUGGUUGGACAGAGAAGAGACGUGUCCUCUUUGUCGAUUGGACUGGGCAUUCGAUGAAAAUCCCGCCGGAAUUGACGACUUCACUUUGGAAGAGUGCGAUCCUCUGGGCUUCGACAUCUAUAUGCAGUGGCUAUACACUGGAAUCAUUACAAGUUACCCCCAUGGCGACGUUGAGAAUGAUGUUCAAAGGAGCUUCACCCAACUCAUCAGAGCACACAUAGUUGGUGACAGCCUGCAAGACGCCCGGUUCCUAAAAGCCCUUCGUGAGGAAAUGAUCGACUACAGCUUCGUCGGCAACACACUUCCUGGACGAGAAGAUGUUGUAUACGCAUACGACAAUGCAAGCAGAACCUCCAAACUUUGGAAGUUCCUGGCGCAUUUGUAUGCUGCACGGGCAAACCGAAACUGCCGAAGCUACGAGCAUUACCCAACGCAGUUCCUUCAUGAAGUCUUGAAGGCUUUGCUGGGCCGGCGCAGAUGCGAACGUGGAGAAGAUGUUAAAAAAUCCUUGGCCGACUGGCUCUCUGGAGAGGAAGCGGAGGCGGAAGCGGAGGAGGCGGAGGCGGAGGAGGCGGAGGAAGAUCAACAAGGCGAAGGGCAAGAGGCAGACCAGGAGUAG